AAUAACAAAAACUGUUACUUUUUUUUCAUUUUUGUUUUCUGUUUCAUUUAAUCAUUAAAUAUUACUACAAACAUUUCUGAUAAUCAUAUCUCUGAUCAAGCAUUAUCCCUUGCUGUGAGCUGAUAAUACCACCAUCGGCCUUUCUAACCCUUGAGGGCUUAAAGAGAGAGAGAGAGACGGCAGCAAUGGGACGUCGUCUCUUUGGUUGUUUUGGCAAGGGUUCAUCUUCUUCUUCAUCAGGGAAUGAAGUCGAUGGAAAUGGAAAAACCAAUGAUACGGUAGUUGAAGAAGCGGCGCCUGAAGGCCCGAUCAUGGUGGAAUUGUUUUCUUCGCAAGGGUGCGCGACUUCAUCGGCGGCUGAGCUGCUCUUGUCGAGGUUAGGGAGAGGUGAUUUUCAGCUCGAUGCUCCGGUGAUUGUGUUGGCUUAUCAUGUUGAUUAUUGGGAUUAUAUGGGGUGGAAAGAUCCUUAUGGAUCCAGCCAAUGGACUGUUAGACAAAAGGCAUACGUUGAAACCUUGAACCUUGACACCAUGUUUACACCUCAGGUUGUGGUUCAAGGUAGGGCUCAGUGUGUCCCUAAUGAUGAAGAUGUUUUAUUAUCCACCAUUGCUACUGCUCCCAGGUUUCCAGCUCCAUCAUUCCAGGCAGAUAUCCAAAGGCCAACAUCGGAGACAUUGCAAGUGACAAUAACAGGAGCAUUGAGGUUUAAGGUAGAGGACAAUGGUGUCCGUGUGAUGGUAGCUUUAUACGAGAAUGGGUUGGUAAAUGACUGCUCUGCAGGAGAAAACAAAGGGAAAGUGUUGUCCAAUGAUUUUGUGGUUAGAAAGUUUGAAAAGCUGUGCAAUGUGGAGGACACAUCUGCUAAAAAGACAAUCUCAGGAACUGUUACUUUCAGUCUUUGGGAUAAUUUCAACCACAACAAAUGCGCCAUUGCUGUCUUUGCUGAAAACAGCUCCCAUCAAAUUUUUGGUUCUCAGAAGUUUCAACUUCCCGAUGAUAUAUGAAAAGAGAAGAAGAAGACAGUAUCGAAUUAAAUGCAUGUGAUGUGGCUAUAAUUUUUUGGCAAAUUUAUGUACAGGAUGUUGUUCUGAUUAGGUAUUGAAAAAAAAUACUGAUUGUAUAUGAUGUAUACUUUUCUGGAUUUAUU